UAAAAUGUUAUUACUGAAUUUCAUUGAAGGGAUAACAUAUUAUUUUUUACUAAUUGACUAUUUACGAAUUAGUUGUAGCGCUACUACUAUUACUAAUUCUGCUGCUCAUACUACUACGAUUACUAUUGCUCCAACAAUUACAACUAGUACUUCUGUUUUUACUAUUGCUGCUACUGCUAUCACUACUACGAUUCUGCUGGUACUUCAACUACGACUACUACUAUUGCUUCUACUACUAGUACUACUGUUACAGCUUCUAAUACUAUGACUACUAAUUCUGCUGCUAUUACUACUACUAUUACAAUACUUAGCCUACUUUGAUUACUGAUUCUGAUGCUAUUACUCCUACUACUGCUGCUGCUACUGCUAAUAAUAGUACUAUACUAUUGCUACAUAUUUAGCUGGUACCACUAUUUCACAGAUAUUACAGCUUUAAUAGUUGGGCAUUAUUAAGCACAAAUUUUGCUAAUACAAAUUGACUAGAAACUCUCACAACUCUCACUACUUAUCCAAAAGCUUGCUCGAACAUUAUACGUUAUGAACUCUGCGUCGUGUUGUAUGAGAAGCGAGGACCGGACCAUGGACGUUUUUUUGUGGUAGUGUCUGUUUGAUUUCUUCCAUGGAUGUUGUGAUGGAAGACAUGAGGGGGACACCAGGAAGAGGGCAAGAGGGCGACACCUAGAGGUAGAAACCGAAAUUCUUCUUCUCAGCUGCCCGAAAGAAGAGAGUCGCAGCAACCUCACCAACCCUGACAUGGAAUUCCAAGACAGCUUUCGUUUGCGUCACAUUAAGUCAGCCGUACACGUACAGUAGGACUGUUAGAUUGGUAUCAGUAGACAUGUUGAUACACUGUUUGUAUGCAAAAUACCAUUUAGACCGUUGUUAUUGCCAGGUAUUGCUAACAGUGGGCAGCCAGGCAUACGUUUGCAUCCAUGUUUUUUCCAACUUCUCAAGUGGAAAACGAUCAACUCUGAGGGUACAGUUGCUAUUGGCGCAUUCCAGGUGUAGUUGGAAGGCGGACUUUCCGAGUUCCUAGUUGGAUUACCAACUCGGAAAGUCAAAGUAAGGAAAGGAAGGAAAGGCUGCCAAUUGUUUAGUAGUAAAAAAGUAGUAAAAACGUGAAAAUGUGUUUCACAUGAAGUCAGUUGUACACUAUCAGAACCAGCAUGUCUCCAUUCCCAAUGGUUCCGCUGGAGAAGGCGGGUGCCCAAAGUGCGUGGGUCUCAAGUGCUCAACCCAAAACAAACUCAUUCGAAGGCCGUGCCAGACCAAACAAGCCUAAAGUUCUAUCUGCGGCCAUGUUGCUGUGCUGCGUGGGUGCCCAAAAUUGGCACAGACACAUGGUGCUGCCCCCUGGAUGACCCGGGCCUGGACGAGGGCAUGAAGAUGGAGACAGCCGGUAUGAUGAUGUCAUGUUGCCUUUUAAGUGUUGAACAUAAAUAUCAUAAAGGUUACAUACUCCACAUUAGAUCAGACGGCAUUGGUAGCCAUGCCUUUACGGAAAAACAAUUUCCUUCGAUGUCCAUCAAAAGUGGUGGAAAGAAGGUCACAGAGACAUGGACCGCGGAGCACAAUUUACGAGCUCAAUGGAGAUCAAUACAAAGGAGAGUGGAAGAACGACAUGAAGCACGGGAUGGGACAACAGGUUUGGAAGUCUGGUGCCAACUACAUAGGAGACUGGAAAUAUGGGAAAUGUGAUGGCUAUGGCACAUACACCAAGGGGAAUCAGUUGUACAUUGGGGAGUGGAGAAAUGGCAAGAAGCAUGGGCAUGGUAAAUAUGCUUACAGUGAUUUAGCAUAUUACCAUGGGGAGUGGAGGAAGGGCCACCGCAGUGGCUGGGGAGAGAUGCACUAUGAGAAUGGUGACGUGUUUAUGGGGGAGUGGCUGUUGGAUAAGCGUCACGGAAGGGGCAUUAUCCGAUAUAUAGGUGGUGACUGGUAUGAAGGCGAAUGGCAAUAUGACGAGAAGCAUGGCAAAGGAAAGUUGUACUUUGCCGAAAAAGGCAAACAGUAUGUGGGGAUGUGGGUAAAUGGAGAGGCAAAAUGUGGAACCCUUACUGACUGUGAGGGAGUGGAAGUGGAAAAUGAAAUAGGAGCGGGAACCAGUAAUGAAAAAUUAGUGAUUCCAACUGCCAAAACACAAGAAAACAGAAACAAACAGAGGGACGAAGAGCCAAAGGAAACAGUAGAGGACGGCGGUAGUGCCACAUUAGAGUUACCAAGUGCCGAAACAUGUCAAGAAGAAACAAAUGAACAGAUGGAUGAAGAGGCAAAAGAAGGCAGUAGUGAAACAUUAGCCGAAACGCUCCAAAAAGAUCAAAGUGAGGAGUAAGACGAAGAAAUGUGCGUCGAUUACCCGCAGCUGUGGCGAAACCUGAAGAUAGAACAGUUUCAGCUCUUUGCAACUAGAGUUGCACUGUGAUGCUGGGGCAUUUACGUGCCUUGCAACCAUCACAAAAUGAAUCUAGCCCAAGAAAAAGUUUACCAUCUUUCAAAAUGUCAAACCCAACAGGCUACAGUGGAAUAGUCUGAAAGUUGCUUAGAAAGGUUCUAACUGGUCCUGUUCUAGCUGAGGUUGGCUCGAGCUCUCUCCCAUGACACUCAAAAGAUUUUCCACAUACAUGAUAGAUGGACGGAUGUUAUGACCAAGAAGUAUUUCAGUGGCAAGGCAAGCAUCAUAAGAGCCGGUCCCCGUUAGGACUCGAACACUGAACCUUCACGGACUCAAUGCCCAUCAGCUGCGAUUGAGUGUGAGAAACAACAAGGGCUCAAAGUAGUUUAAAUAGGAAUAGGCCAGAACUUGACGCACUAUAUUACCAUAAAUUGAUGUGGCAUAAAUUAACAAGUUUAGAGUUCCAAUGUGUAACAUUUUGGAGGGUUUAUUGGCAGAGAUUGCAUAUAUUGCAAGCUGCAGCUCCACGUGACUCCCGGUCUUUCUUGGUAAAGUGGUGUUUUGCGUUGCUACGUCUCCCAACGACAUUCCUGCACUGCAAACAGGAAGAGAUGCUUUUUACAUCACGACUGACUUUGAAAGUCAAAGCAGAAGCACCAUAGCUGCAAUGUGCUCCUACUAGUACUAGCUAUAGAGUUCGUAGUGGUUGGUGAAAGAAAGUUAAUUCUGCUGCAAAAAAAGAAACGGCUGUCAGCGGAUCGACGGGAUAAUGGAGUGGUCAGUGCGGUGUAGUGUAGCAUCACCCAGACAUUGGUUGUGCGGAGAUGCAGGCACUGUUUUUCAGAAUUACUCAGAGUUACUUAAUGGGGCUUUUACGUGAACUGUAGUCAAGAAUCUUGCUUUACAGAGAUCUAGAGUUCUAUUGUCGGUGAACAACAUACUUUCUGGUAUGUGAAGGCCACUGUAGUCCUCAAACUUGUUACAGUCAGCAGUCUCACCAUGAGAACUCACUCAUUCUUACACUGGACCUUAAUAAUAAUUUAGAUUUAUAAAGUUAUUAACAAUUUAGAUUUAUAAACACUUUUUAACUUUUUAAAUUACCCAGUGCCAAAUAACAAAAGAGAAAGAACAAUGCAAUUCAUUUUCUAAAAAUCAUGAUGUAUCAAUGAAAACAAAUAGGCAAAAUCUAUUAUAGCACAUUCUUACAUUCCUUUGGUCGGAUGAGAAUGAAUUUGAACUGUGAACAGUGAUUAUGAGAAAAUAAACACCUGUCAAAAAGAAACCCGUAGCUUACAUUGUAUCCUCUGUAGAGAGAAAUAAACAGCAAAUAAAAGAUGUGAGGGUUGAUGGUAAUUUCAUUAGGCUUAGACUCAGUUUCACGAAAGCCUUUAGCCUGCUCCAGACCAGUUAGGCUUAAGUAAUCCUGCCAAUGGUGUUAAACAGCAGUUGGGUUUCAUAAUGUUGCAUUACUGCCUUCUUCUGCUUAGUCAGCAAACUCUGCGAUCACAAACUAAUGUGUUCUAAAAUGUGUUCU